GCUGGAGAAGCUGGCUUUCCAGCCCGUCUCCAGUUUGCACUUUGGAGCCUGUCUCCCGGAGCCUUUCUGCAUCGACCUUCUACUGUAUGUGGCAUAUAUGCAUGAUGGAGAAGGAACAUUUAAGAGCACAACCUUCUUGGAAAGGACGAGGACGGUCUGCUCCUGUGAAGACUGGCAGAGUGUUCUCAUGUUGCUCUAUGGAGAUUGCUGGAGAGCCCCUGUUGAGGUUAGAAGAAAAUAAGAAGGUUAAAUCAGGUACCGAGCAUCUGCGCUUCUUUUCCUUCUCUUGCUUUUCUCUACCGGCAAGGACUUCACUUCGUCUCCUGUGCCUGCAGAAGAUGCUCCCACCCCUCGCUCGCUCCCCAGGGACGUACCCCCGGUCCAACCUGUGGCUACAGCGGCUCUCAUUGCCUGUUAACCUUGGCCAACGCGGUGGCUUUUGGAGAUGGACGGAGCCAUUUGCAAGGCCUGGGCUGAGGUGCUGCUGGCUCACAGGGUCUCCAGGAGGGGCCGGCGUGAUGGUCCUGCCAUGCCGCAAAACUUCCCUGCACGCCUUCGGUCACCCUGGGCUCGCUCUGCCGCCGCGGCACGGCUGGAGAAACGCUCGUCUGCCGGCGGCGGGGAGAAGGGGAACCGUGGCAAGGAUUUUGAUUAAGUGGAAAAUUCCUCUGCGAUGGGCUUUAUUCUCCGUGUAAAGCUGUGCUCCGCAGUUGCCGUGAGUGGCGGAGGAUGCUCAGCCACCGGCCGGGUCCCGGUGGUGCCGGGGGAUGGUGGUGGCAUCUCCCUCCUCCAUGGCCAGGAGCCAGGUGGGUGCUGGCUCCUUCCCACCACCGGCCGGGGGUAUUUAGUGUCAGUCCCAGUGUGACCAGCCCACGCCGUUUCCCUUGUCCCACCCGUUGCUGCCCGGGCGCCGACCUGACUGUGCUGAUGGGCUUCGCUUCAUCGGUCACCUGGGGGGACUUCAUCCCUGCUUGCCCUUUAUAGUGUGUUUCAAGUGAUUGAUGGUGAGCUUUAUGUUGUAUUCUCCACUUUCUCUGGGCUACAGAGCACUGAAUGAUACCCACCCCCUAUAUCUUUGCUCACAUACACAAGGGU